ACUGUAAGUUAUUCGUCGCUUAUCUGAACGUUUUUUCUACAAGAAUCAGGAUAUUUUAUAUCAAGUUAAGAGAAAAUCUUGGCUAAUACAGCCGACAGUCAUUGUGAAUUUACUGAAAAUGAAAAAGUAUUUAAUUUUUAUAGGAUUAAUUUGUUCUGCACUACAUGCAGGGGUAAAAUCAACCAGUACCAGUGAUGAUAUGGUAGAAACUCCAGUGGUCGAUAAUCAAAAUGUCCCUUUGCUUGCAAUGUUCGACAUGACGAAAGUAAACAGUCGAAUCAAGGAAUAUGUAUCAAACGCAUUCGAAAAUAUGAAAGGAAAUUUAACUGUGAACAUACGGAAGGAAAUUAAAGACUACUUUGAUGAUAUGAAACAAAAUUCCACUGAUGCUAUUUCUGAAGCCAGAAGAACUGCAGAAGGAAAAAUCAAAAAGGAAAUUAAAGGCUAUUUUAAUGAUAUGAAACAGAACUCCACUGAUUCUAUAUCUGAAGUGCUUACUCCCCGGGACUGCUCUGACUUAGAUAGAAAAAAGAUCAGAAGUGGAGUGUACAAAAUUUUCCCGGAGGGUACAGCUGGAUAUAACGUGUUCUGUGAUAUGAAGACGGAUGGGGGAGGGUGGACGGUUUUUCAGCACAGACAAGAUGGAAAAGUAGAUUUUUUCCGCGGAUGGAAAGAAUAUGCUAAAGGAUUUGGUGAUGUCAACACAGAAUUUUGGUUAGGUAAUGAUAAACUUCAUGAUUUAACAUCUCAAGGAAGUUAUGAACUUAGGGUAGAUUUGGAGGAUUUUAAUGGCGACAAGUGGUAUGCCAAAUACUCUACCUUCAACAUUGGCGACCAGUCAACCAACUACACACUGACUGUAAAUGGUUACAGUGGAACCGCAGGCGAUGCUCUCAGGUUCCACAACGGACACACUUUCAAUACAAAAGAUAAUGAUCAACGUGAGUGUUCGAAAUCUUAUAAAGGUGGUUGGUGGUAUGGAGCCUGUCACCACGCUAAUCUGAAUGGACUAUAUGUUGGAAAUAAAAAGGAUUACAAAGGCUUGCGUUGGAAGCAAUUGGAUGAUACACAGUCAAUGAAGACAACAUCGAUGAUGAUACGUAGGAUAUGACCGAAGAAAAGGCAGCUUCCAUAUUGACAUAAAAAAACAUUAUUUCAUCAACUUUGGUUGCGAGAUUUUAUUAAAUUAUUAUGUUGUUUUUUGUUUGUUUGUUAAUGAUGUUCAUUUUUAUAAAUGAAUACAUGAACACGUUGUUGUUGACGCAUUUGCCGUUUCUAUUCUAAAUUUUUUAAAUGUUGUCAAAUUUAUUUCAUGAUGUUAGCUUAAUUUUACAUAUCAGGUCUUUUUCUGUUGAUGAACUGUUUGUUCCCGAAGUUAUGACAAAUCCAGUGAUACAUUGUUUUUUGACGGAAAUUGUUUGAAUAAAAUUUGCUAUUACAUAAUUCUUAAUAUAGAUCAA